GACAAAAAAUACUUUUUUUUUCCCCUAAGAGAACAUAAGAUGCUUUUGGAAUUUGAUUUUUACCCUAAUAAGAUGAAAACGUAUGUUAGCAACAUGUACCACCUCAGGCAGAGCUGGCUUUGGAGACUGACAGCUUAGUUUCACUGCUGGUGGUGUAUGGUGCUUGCUUAACUUGCUUUGUUCAGUAACAGCAGCAAAAAUCCAGCUGCAUGUGCUUGUGAGUGGUUACAGCUGGAGUGCAGAACCUGAUGUGUGAUGCUGCGCAGCAGCUCCAGCUUUGUGCUCAAGACACCAGCUUUUCCUUCCCGGGAAACCUUUCCACAGCCCUAACUGGCCUCUGGAAAUGUGUGGCAGCCCCACUGUGCAAGUUUAGGAAAACAAAGACAUGGUAGAAGUCUGCAUUAAUUACAUAAUCUGAUAUGGAAAUACGAAAAACUGUCAUGCCGCUGAGGAGUAUGAGGCUUUUGACAUAUUUAGACCAUUUGGAGUUUAUUUUGGCUUGGAGAAUGCAGGAUGCCAUUUUAACUACAGUAGGGGAAAAUGUCCAAGACGGAAUAUGGCAUGGGUAAUUGUGACAGGGAAGCUGUGUUUCCUUAUGUUUGUGAAAUUGUUUGUAAUGCUGUGCAGUUGUCUGGAGGUAUGUUGCUCCUAAAUUCUGGAGUUGUGUAAAUAUGAUGAUUUAUGUAAGGGAUAACGCCAGGUUAGGCCCUCUUAUUAAAUUAAUCGCAGGGGUUUUCAAAAUGAGCUCCGCUUUAGCCUUAUUAUAUUUCUGACAUACAUUUCAUCUCCUUCUGUCCUUGGGGAAAGAUAGUAAAGUAGGACUGGAAGCAUUCACAUAGUUUCCAGCAGCUGUGGUCACUGGGAAAUUGAUGUAUUUCCCUAGUUAUUUCUACUCUUGCAGCCUGAAGCUCUUCCAUGGCUGAUACUUAAGAGAAAGUCUUUAAUCUGUACGACACUGUACAUUUGCCUUGACUUCAUGCUUGUUGUUAACGAUGUGAAUGAAGUACUAUGGGAAGUGGAAUCUCCACGCUGUCUCUAUGGGGAUGACAUUGUUCUCUUGCUACUAACCUUACCCCAUAACUUACACAUGAAAACCCACUCACAAGUGUAGGUAAUCCAUGUGCCUGGCACUUUCUGUUGCGUCCUAUUUGAUGAGGCUGGAACCAUUUUUCAAAUGAAAAUGUUCCCAGUUUGAGGUAGGACAUGGAAACUGUAAGUGUGGGAUUUGAUCCCCAGGCUUCAGUUAUCUGGGGUCUAAGGCCCCCCAGUUUCCUAAUUCACAGAUUCAUUCAGCUUUUACUUCUGUGUAAAAUAUUCUUAUUUACCUAUGAGAUACUGUACAAAAUGAUAGAGAAUAAACUAAGAUUACCAGAUUGUUUCUGUAUAAGCAAAAUAUAAGAAAAAGUUCUCAGUGCUACUUAUUAAAAAUAGCUGGUAAAUACCUCAGAUGAGAGAUACAGACCUUGAUAAACAGAGUUCAGUUAACCAACUGGUAAUGAUUAGUUCCUACUGUUUACCCGAUGCUAGGAUAGAGCCUGGGACUACAGACUUAACAUUUGAUUUUUUUUUUUUUUUCUGGUGGCAAGUAGGAGACGGACUAGGUGCAUGGAGAGUUUAUCCAGGGGUAGCACUUCCUUAGGAGACUGGAACUGAGACAGAGGAAGGGUUGAGUACACACACAAGGUAGGAGGCAUUCCAGACUGAAGGAAUUGCAAAUGCCCUGUGGUAGGAAGAAGGACAGGGGAGUAAGAAUGUUAGUGUUUUGUUUAUUUUUUUAAGCCAAUUGUAUUUGCUUUUUGUUAUGUGUGUAAUACUGUGAUACUGACACUCUAAGAUGAUUCAGAGUUCAUCAUAUUAAUGCUAAAUUUGAUCAAAGAAAUGAACGUUUGGCACACUGGUGUUUAUCUAGAGAAAAAGAGCAGCCUCUUUAUACUCUCAAGAAGAUGCUCUUUGGCUAUGCGGCUUUAAAAUUAACUGCACUCUAUUCUGUAAUAUACGUGGCAAACUUAGAAGAAAAUGGAGUGAUUUUCAGGACCAGAGAAAUACUUCUCAUCACACAGUCAAGCACUGCUAAGAAUAAUAAUUGGGUUAUUUCAUUUGAAGCUCUUAAGGGAAAAUAGGUAUGUUCUGCUAGUUCUUUUUAACCAAAGUAUAAUUGCACGCCUCAUAUGUCUUUCAAACAAACCAUAAAGUAGAAAGUUUAAUGUAUCUAAAUGCAAGUAAUGAGCGAAGCCUUCCACUUGCAGUGGGAGCGAAUCACUGAAUCACUUUACUCAGUAACGAACACAGGCUUACAGAGACAGGGCGUGCAUCACUUUUGCCUCUUGCUGUACGUGGGGCUUCCAUUUAUGUAACAAUGCUAUUUCUUUUUUACAGCCUUAAGAUUUACAAAACAAGGUUUAUUUGAGGAUGCUAAUGGAGAUGCAAAUCCGAGUCAGUGGAAAUGUCACUUGCAAUCGGAAUAAAAGAAAUCAGAAUUGUUUCCUUGCAAAUUGACAUUACAUAUUCUAACAUUUUAGCCUUGUCCAUAGCCUGUUUUUGUUUAAGUGACUGCACUGUACUUAUUAGGAAAAAAAAAAUACAUGCUUUGCAAAGGUAAUUUUAGCAGUAGAGAAUUAAUUUCUUCCCACAUCUUUUAAUGUGGCAUGGGAGUCCCACUCUACGAUCAAAACACAUGACUGAAGGUUAUGUUUAAUUUCUAAAUCAAAGUGUUGUGGGAAGGCGAUUGAAAUUUGAUGAUGACUCAGAUCCAGUUGCUAUGUGGCUUUCUUCCUACAGAAACUUUAGGGUAGAUUGCCAUUUCCAUGUUAGAAAGAGCCAAGCAGUGAUGAGAUUAAAAUAGUUUCACCAUAGACUGAAAGUUUGUAUUAGUCACUUUGAAUGCUAAUUGAAUUUUUUUUAAGGUACCUUGAGAGUCUCAGUAACAAGAAUUAUUUUCUCACCACUUAAUCUUUUUUUUUUUCCAGUGUGGGACUAAAUAAAUUAUCAAUGCAUAUUACCAACAAAUAUUUCUUUACUGCCAUUACGAUUCAGUUCUUUCCCGAAAGUUGUAAUUUAUGUAUUUUGUUUCUUCGCUUGCAUAGGAACCUUCAUUUGCUCCAAAUGUAAAUUCAAAGUAUGUGGCAACAUUUACUAGAUAAUGUAAUUUGGGUCAGGCAUGGUAGAUGGAAAUGGAGAUGUGGCUGCUGCUUCACCCAUGUCAAGUUAGGUCUAUUUGUUUUCUCAUAUUUAUUUCUUAAGGUAAUCACAACAAAACAUUAACCUAGAACUGGAAUGGCUUUUUCUUGUGUGUUUGAAAGACAGAAAUCAGACACUCUGUGCCUCCGCUCUGCCUUUCCCUCGCUGUCCUUUAUCUGAACCACUCCAAGGCCUGCUUGUGGGGUGUGCUGCACACCAGCCUGCCCUGCUCAGAGAAGGAAGUGGAGAGUUUUGGUUCCCAUUUUACACUUGUGGAGCAGUUUAGGGAAGGAAGCACCUUUACACCUUUUAUUGUUCGCGGUUGCUGACAUCAUAUCCUUCCCUGCCCAGUCUGUGCGUGUUUCCUGCCAUUCUGUCAAGAUUCUCCUCUGUUACUGAGAGGGAUUUGCUAAAGGGAAGGAGGGAGGAAAGGAAGAAGGCAAGAAAGAGUGGGAGAAGGAAGGGAGGGGGAGGUGUAUGUCAAUCAAGCCAGCUUGUUUGGAAAUGAGGGAGCCUGUAGGACAAUGAUCUUUAGCUUUCCAGAAGAAAUCCUCUGCGUGGGUCUCAAACCACACUUUGCCUUCAUCUGUCUGCUCAUGGCAAACUCCAAGUGAACAGAAGCCUGCCGUACUGAAGUUCCCCUUUUUAGAACGAAUGCGAGGAAUUGGGAACUGAGCUGUGCACGUGCUGAAGAAGGAAACUUGUGUGAAGGAAACAGGAAAGAGAAAGAAAAGGAAGGAAAAAAUACAUAAUUUCAGGGACGAGAGAGAAAAGAAACACGGGGGCCAUGGGGAGAAAAAAGAUUCAGAUCACGAGGAUUAUGGAUGAGCGUAACAGGCAGGUGACAUUUACGAAGAGGAAAUUUGGGUUGAUGAAGAAGGCUUACGAGCUGAGCGUGCUGUGUGACUGUGAGAUUGCGCUGAUCAUCUUCAACAGCACCAACAAGCUGUUCCAGUACGCCAGCACCGACAUGGACAAGGUGCUGCUCAAAUACACGGAGUACAACGAGCCGCACGAGAGCCGGACGAACUCUGACAUCGUGGAGACAUUGAGAAAGAAGGGCCUUAAUGGCUGUGACAGCCCAGAUCCCGAUGCGGACGAUUCAGCAUUGAACAAGAAAGAAAACAAAGGCUGUGAAAGCCCUGAUCCCGACUCCUCUUAUGCACUCACCCCACGCACUGAAGAAAAAUACAAAAAAAUUAAUGAAGAAUUUGAUAAUAUGAUCAAGAGUCAUAAAAUUCCUGCUGUUCCACCUCCCAACUUUGAGAUGCCGGUUUCCAUCCCUGUGUCCAGCCAUAACAGUCUGGUGUACAGCAACCCUGUCAGCUCACUGGGAAACCCCAGCCUUCUGCCACUGGCUCACCCUUCUCUGCAGAGGAAUAGUAUGUCUCCUGGCGUGACACAUAGACCUCCAAGUGCAGGUAACACAGGUGGUCUGAUGGGUGGAGACCUCACAUCCGGUGCAGGCACCAGCGCAGGGAAUGGAUAUGGCAACCCCCGAAACUCACCAGGUCUGCUGGUCUCACCUGGUAACUUGAACAAGAAUAUCCAAGCCAAAUCUCCUCCCCCUAUGAAUCUAGGGAUGAAUAAUCGGAAGCCAGAUCUCCGAGUUCUUAUUCCACCAGGCAGCAAGAACACCAUGCCAUCAGUGAAUCAAAGGAUAAAUAACUCCCAGUCGGCUCAGUCAUUGGCUACUCCAGUGGUUUCCGUAGCAACUCCUACUUUACCAGGACAAGGAAUGGGAGGAUAUCCAUCAGCCAUUUCAACAACAUAUGGUACUGAGUACUCCCUGAGCAGUGCAGACCUGUCGUCUCUCUCUGGCUUCAACACUGCCAGUGCGCUUCACCUGGGCUCAGUAACCGGCUGGCAGCAGCAGCACCUACAUAGCAUGCCACCAUCUGCCCUCAGUCAGUUGGGAGCUUGCACUAGCACUCAUUUAUCUCAGAGUUCAAAUCUCUCCCUGCCUUCUACUCAAAGCCUCAACAUCAAGUCAGAACCUGUUUCUCCUCCUAGAGACCGUACCACCACCCCUUCGAGAUACCCACAACACACGCGCCACGAGGCGGGGAGGUCUCCUGUUGACAGCUUGAGCAGCUGCAGCAGUUCCUACGAUGGGAGCGACCGAGAGGAUCACCGGAACGAAUUCCACUCCCCCAUUGGACUCACCAGACCUUCGCCGGACGAAAGGGAAAGUCCCUCCGUCAAGCGCAUGCGGCUCUCUGAAGGAUGGGCGACAUGAUCACAUUAUUACUUAAUAGUUUUUUUUUUUUUUCUUGCAGUGUGUGUGUGUGCUAUACCUUAAUGGGGAAGGGGGGUCGAUAUGCAUUAUAUGUGCCGUGUGUGGAAAAAAAAAAAAACCGUCAGGUACUCUGUUUUGUAAAAGUACUUUUAAAUUGCCUCAGUGAUACAGUAUAAAGAUAAACAGAAAUGCUGAGAUAAGCUUAGCACUUGAGUUGUACAACAGAACACUUGUACAAAAUAGAUUUUAAGGCUAACUUCUCUUCACUGUUGUGCUCCUUUGCAAAAUGUAUGUUACAAUAGAUAGUGUCAUGUUGCAGGGUCAACGUUAUUUACAUGUAAAUAGACAAAAGGAAGCAUUUGCCAAAAGCGGCAGAUCUUUACUGAAAGAGAGCAGCUGUUAUGCAACAUAUAGAAAAAUGUAUAGAUGUUUGGACAGACCCGGCAAGGGGUGGCCAUUGGUAAGUGUUAGGAACAUGUCCGGCCACCUAACAUCCCGAGGACGCUCACAAACCUGCAGGCAUAUCAUUGGCGUAUGGCACUCAUUCAAAAGGAUCAGAAACCAUUCAAAGAGGACCAUACCUACUUUAAAAGAAAAGAAAAGAAAAAAAGAAAAAACAAAAACAAAAAAAAAAAACAAAAAAACAAAACAAAACAAAAAAACAGUGUGGCGUUUGAGAGCUAACGUAUUUAAUUAAAUAAAUAAAUCUGGGUCUGCAUCUCUUAUUAAAUAAAAAAUAUAAAAAUAUGUACAUUACAUUUUGCUUAUUUUCAUAUAAAAGGUAAGAAAGAGUUUGCAAAGCAUUUGUGGCUUUUUGUAGUUUACUUAAGCCAAAAUGUGUUUUUUCCCCUCAAUAGCUUCGCUAAUAUUUUAAACAGUCCUGUAAAAACCCACAGAGGACUUUUUGUAUAGAAAGCACUACCCAAGCCAUGAGGAACUCCAUGCUUUGCUAACCAAGAUAACUGUUUUCUCUUUGUAGAAGUUUUGUUUUUGAAAUGUGUAUUUCUAAUUAUAUAAAAUAUUAAGAAUCUUUUAAAAAUCUGUGAAAUUAACAUGCUUGUGUAUAGCUUUCUAAUAUAUAUAUAAUAUUAUGGUAAUGGCAGAAGUUUUGUUUUCUUAAUAGCGGGAGGGGGGCAUAUUUGUGCAGUUGCACAUUUGAGUAACUAUUUUCUUUCUGAUUUCUUUUACUCUGCAUACAUUUUAUAAGUUUGAGGUCAGCUGUCAAAAGGAUAACCUGUGGGGUUAGAACAUAUUACAUUGCAACAUCCUAAAUUGUUUUUAAAAUGUCAACAAAUUACUGGGUCAACUGACAUCCAUUGUAUAUACUAAUUGGUUUCUUUCAAACUAUUUUUUUUUUUUUUGCAUUUUAUCAAAAGCAGGGUCCCUUUCAGAUCCCUCCAUUUCACCACGCAUCUUGGAAUUCAGUAAGUUCAUAUCCUAACUUGCCCAUGUUCUAAAUUUACAUAGUUCAUGUUCAGCCUUGAAUUUGAUGUUUCUUAGAAAUAUGCCCAGAGUAAGAAGCUGUGUUGGGUCACAUGUCCUGCAAGUCGGGCCCUAGGAACAAGAGGUGUGAGUUUACUUGGUGGAUAAGUUACAGAUUUCUGUAGAAGAAAAAUGUGAAAGACUGGGUGCUAGAAAGAAGGGAAACAGCUAAAGGGAUGGUUACUUGUCAUCCACCCUCAUGAUUCUAACUGACCUAUAACACUCUUGUCAGCAGUAUAGGACUGUUGGACAACCUGGUGUGGCAGGACCCCCAAUGUCACUUCUGCACAAAGCAUGUAUGUCAUCUACUCUUCCUUCAAUAAAGAGAUUUAAUAGCCAUUUCAAGAAAUCCCAUUAAAAAACUUCUCUAUGUCCCUUUUUUUUUUUAAUUUUCAAGAUAAUUUAACUCUUGUCUAAUAUUCGUGUGCAAGGGAUUAAUUUUCAGACCCUUUAAAAGUGAGUGCCAUAAAGAAUCAAUAUAUAGUGUUUAAGUGAUAUUUCAGGCUAGGAAAUUAUUUCCUUCUCUUGGAAUGUGAAGAUCUGUCGAUUCAUCUCCAGUCAUCAAUACUGACAAGCAGAGCAAAGAGUAUGGUAAUAUCAGUUCUGCUAGAUUAUGUGUAGGACAUGUUCAUCCAGUGUUUUUUAUUUCCUUUUACCUGCAUAGUUGCUAUGUGUUUCUCACUGUAAAAGGCUGCCGCUGGGUGGCAGAAGCCAAAAGACCUUAUUAACGAGGCUAUAUUUUUCUUAACUUGAUCUGCAAUCCAUAAUUAGACCACGAUGCACCUUUGAUUGUAUCCGUAUAGGAUGCUAGCCUGCCUUGUAGUAAUGUUUUAUAUAUUUAAAACAAAGUAAAGACAUUGAUCAUUUCAUAUAUAUCCCACUACUAAAGGUAUCCAUGGAACAUGAAGAGUAGUAUUUAUGCAGAGGAAAAACAGGAAAUCAUCCCUACAAAUAUGGUUAUCUAUAUACCUGUUCGAAUGUUUGUGUGUGCACACAAACAUGCACAUGAAGUAAAAAAAAAAACAUCAGUCAUUACUUCACUCGACUUAAUUCCAUCCUGAUGAUUCAUGUUUAUAACUUAAUAUGUAUUAAAUAUGCAAGCAUAUCACAAAUGUUCUUUGUCAUUUCAAAAUGCAUUUGUUUAUCAGUAUCAAUAGAAUCUUGCCAGUGGGUGGGAAAGGGUCAUAUAAAAAUAUGAAGAAAUAGCCAUAUUGAAUUUUUACCUGCCAUUUGCCUCGGCAACAAAGCAAACAUGAGUUUCUAAUGCUAAAGAUAGAGUAAGCUAAUGUGCCAGCAGAGGCCUCCGCUAUUUAUUAUAGCAGUUCUGACCAUAGUUUUUUACAAACUCCAGAAGAACAGACUCACUUGAAAAUGGACGCCAGUCACCUCCUUCCCACUACUGAUUUCAAAGCAGUAGCCGAUAGCGAAGGGAUAAUCUAAGAAUUUUUAAAGAGGAUUCAAUGAGAAGCACAAUUUUUAUUGUGGCCAGUCACAUUCUAUGAAGUCACUGUCUGUCUAUCUUUACGCUUCUGCCUUUUCUGUAACUCACCACUUAUUGUAUCUGCAAAUCAAGUAUGGUUUUUAAUCACGGAAAGUCCUUUGUAUCCAGGGGUCUGGGGCAGAGCUCUGAGGGAUUAUUAUUUGACAUUACCUGGCCUAGAGUAGUAGCAUUUUAGACAACAUUCAUCAUCACAAGUAGGAAAACUGUAAGUGGCGUCUCACAUGGCUGCAAGUAUUGCUACACCUAAUCCAAUUUAAAAGAGUUUUGGUGACAGUAAGCUGAACAAAUACUGGUAAUGGUGUUGCAGUCUGUGUGAGCUGCACAACCUGUAUACUGUACGCAUUGAUGUGUGGAGGCUGUUUAUUUCAACCUUUUUUAAAAUUGUGUUUUUUAGUAAAAUGGCUUAUUUUUUCCUAAAGGUGGAAUUUCACGUUUUGUAAUGAUGAAUAUGAAAAUGCUUGUCAUCUUUAGAUCAUUUAGAGGUUAACUAAAGUGAGAACUGCAAAACAAAUCCCAAUACACUUUCUAACAGCAUGUCUGCCCUCUCUCACCUCUCUGUCUGUCUUUUGGCGUACUUACCCUUUACCUUAGAGAUACCGUUUUUUUGCUCCCUCGAUCGUUCACUUGUUUUUUUUUUUCCCCCAGAGAGUAAAUGCUUUGUAUUUCUUUCUUUAAAAAAAUUUUUUUGAAGAAGCCACUUGAACCUUCAAUAAAGGCUGUUGCCUGAGCAUGGCAUACUUCAUCUGUUCUCAUUUGUGCCAUCUGCUACGGUGUCGUCACUUGUGUGGCGCUAAUUUCCUGCCGCUACAGAUCUUUUGAAGAUUGCUUGAAUACUGGUGUCUGUUAGACUGCUUCAGACUACAGAUGUAAUUAAAGGCUUUUCUUACUAUGUUUUAACCAAAGAUGUGGAGCAAUCCAAGCCACAUAGCUUCUGCAUUAAAUUUGUCCAUUUUGGUUAUUUCCAUAAUCGGGUAUUGCAUUUCGCCUUCCCUGUUCAUACCUCAAAUUGAUUAAUACCUCAGUUUAAUUCAAGGAGGUUCGCUAAGGGAUGGAUCCUGUUGUGUUUGAAUGCAGCAGUGUACUCUGGCAGCAAACAGACCCGGGUCACUGUAGGCAGAGGACUUGGAUUGCUUCAGAUGGUUUGCUGUAUCAUUUUUCUUCUUUUUCCUUUUCUGAGGACUUGUUUCCAUUCAAAGAGAGUAAUUAAAAAUAGCUUGUAAAUGAGGGCAUACAAGCAUUUGCAACAAGUAUUCCAACAGAGGCUCACAGCGGCAUAAGCUGGACUUUGUCGCCACUAGAUGACAAGAUGUUAUACCUAAGUUAAACCACAUCUGUGUAUCUCAAGGGACUGAAAUUCAGCUGUCUGUAGUGAAUUAAAGUGGGAAAUUUUCAAAGUUUCUCCUGCUGGAAAUAAGGUAUCAUUUGUAUUUUGCAGACAAUUCAGUAAAGUUACUGGCUUUCUUAGUGA